UAAUACUGAACAGCGCCCAAAAUGUCGACGAAAUCUUCCAACAGUAUCGACAGCCGCACAGAGCUUGUCGAGCUCGUAAAACGGAAGGCAGAAAUUUCAGAUACACUUGCCAACCUGGAGCGGCAAAUCUAUGCGUUCGAGGGUUCCUAUCUGGAAGAUACGCAACUGUACGGAAACAUCAUACGCGGCUGGGAUCGCUACCUGACCACAAACAAAACCACCAACUCCAAGGCGGACAAACGAAACAGAAAGUUCAAGGAAGCGGAGCGUCUCUUUUCCAAAUCCUCAAUCACCUCGAUGGCGGCCGUCAGCGGGUUGGUGGAUACGAGUGACUCAAAGCACGACCGGAACUCCGAAUCCGAUUCGAUGACGAACGAAGACUCGAGCGACAAUCAGGUCGGCGGUUCUCACUCGACCGUGAAUCAUUCCUCUACCGCCGGGAACCGCGAACCAUCUACACCGGUCACAGUGGCAGGCUCGGCUGUGGCGACGGCGGAUGGACCGCUGAAGAAUUCCGUCAACAAAGCGAUAACCAAUCAGUCGAAGGCAAAUUCCGUCGAUAAAUCGUCUUCUGGCGCGGCGACUGGACUGCUGAACCGGGCCUCUUCACCCACUGCCAAGGAAUCGAACAACACCACUUCCGGGUUAGUGAAAGAAGCGGCAACGAAUAGUAGCAACACGCCUAGCAGCACCGCCAAACUUAAAGCGAGCAAUAUCGGUUCGAUGAAGAAGGGCAGCUCCAACAAGAAGGUGAGACAUCGCUAGCGCGAAUCUCACAAACGGAGGGUGAAGCCGUCCGCCAGGAAGUCGUCG